AACCAACUUGUUACUUCGAGUUACUUGCAACACCCCCCCUACUAUCUACUAUCUACUAUCUACUAUCUAUCAUUGUCCCUCCCGCUGUCCAUUACUGGCCAACUGCGCUAGAACUGCCCAUCCGCCAGGGUUUGUUUUCAUAUCCGUCUGCCUUAGAGUAUGGCUACGCGCGUUCAAACUCCACGGCAAGGUAGCCGAACGUCUAUCUGCGCUCCACGGACCACCGGAGCGGUAGUUAUCGAGUAGGAAUCAUAAUGCUUGGUUCUCUGCCAGCCAUGGUAGAAACCCAGCGUCGCUUGGUUGAUCUCGCCACUAGACCUGGUUCAUGGUCGAAUUUCUCUCGGAAACACUUUAAUAGAGGUUCCACUUGAACCCGUGGCCGGGGCGAAACCAGUUUUGUCACUACAUAAUCAUUGACUUUCUUAUGACCUUUGUUAAGCUUGGUAAAGCUUGUCUGUCUUCUUUCCUACUUCAAGGAUGACACGGAUGCAUACGGCAUACGUUCAUUAUAUAUGAUUUUCUUUUUAUUUUCCUACUCAGAUAUAUAUUCCUUUUAUUUUCUUCCCUAGCCAGGUUUAAGCUACUUGGGUUGUGAAUCGCUCCCAGGACGAGCUCACAACUGAUAUAUCAUUUUUGGUUGAAGCCCGGACGGUAAGCCCGGACAGUGAUCCAUUUCAGAAAUGAGAUUUCUGAGUCCCCUUCGUCGAAGGAAAGCCGAAAAGGACCAGCUUUCUCAUGAUGUUUCGUCCCCUAAGAGCACGAUCGAUGCCGAGCACAGUCGAGGUCGCUCCGCCGUGAUGAUGCACCGUGCUCUGUACUCGUUAAUAUAUAUCAUUGCGUUAAUAUUCAUUAUCCUCGUCCUUAUUGGAAGCACAAGCGAUAGACCCGUCAUCCGGCAGACAUUUUUUUUGAAACUCGACGUAUCCAAUGUUAUCCCUAGUUCCGUACCGCAUGCUGCCCUCAUUAACACCAUCGCCAGAACAAUCGGACUUCAUGAUUUUUACCAAGUUGGCUUGUGGAAUUUCUGCGAGGGUUAUAAUGGAAGCGGCAUUACCUCCUGCUCGAGGCCGAAGCCGUUAUAUUACUUCAAUCCCGUGGAGAUCAUAAAGAGCGAAUUACUUGCUGGAGCAACAAUUGCUUUACCCGGCGAGAUUGACCAAGCCUUGAGAAUCGUCCGCACCGCCUCCCACUGGAUGUUCGGUUUAUUCAUCACCUCCACGGCCCUGAUCGUCCUGUGCAUAUUUCUUACGCCCCUUUCCGUACCAUCGACUCUCACUCCUUACACAUCCAAACACAGAGCGGUCUCCAAACGGAUCUUCAUCCCUCUGGUGAUUCUUACGUCCCUCACAUUCUUCACAACGGUAGUUGCGGCUGUCAUCGCGACAGCUAUGUUCACCAUUCUCAAAAUCGUCUUUGCGAGAAAAGCAGCCGAAUUCAAUAUCGAAUCAGAACUGGGUGUUCCGAUGAUGGUGUUUAUGUGGCUUGCAGUCGGUUUUGUCCUGCUUGGGUUUUUCUUACAUAUCCGUAGCAUCUUGGCGCGGUGCUGCUGUUGCUGUUGCCGUCGUGGCCGGUCUCGUGGAAGGAAAAAUGUUGGAAAUGUGGCUGGUAUGACCGAGAUAUAUGGGGGCGUGGGAGAAAUGCACCGGCCUUCCUAGGGGGGUCGGGUCAGAAUGGAUGCGUAAUGGCCGAGGGAAUAUUUUUUUUCUAUAUAUAAUAUUUUGGGCAGUUUAUGUUUGAGACUCAUAAGGCAGUAGUAGAAUCUUAAAGGGGAGACCGAGAGUUUGGGCAAGGCUAUGCAAGCCAUUCCCUGGAAGUAGGAACUUAAUGGCUUGAACACAAAGGUUUACAGGUAGCGAACGGUUUCAGGUUAGUUCCCCCUAGAGAAGCUAGAUCUGCGAUGGGAUUACAAGCCCAUUGAUAAGUUUAACCUAUUUCUAAAUAUGGUUUUGAGACCGAUUAUUAUGUUCACCUCGUAUGAUUCUGCUCGUUCCAAACCUUCGCGAAAUUCAGAAAUCAUCACACUGUGCAAAAGACCGCGCAGGCGCCGUUGGUCCAGCCAUUAACCCACAAUCAACAGGGAGACAUACCCCCGUAAUCGCAGACGCCAGUUCCUUGUUACUAAGAAACGCAACUGCAUUGGCAACAUCUACAGGUUCAACUGUUCUCUUUAACGGAUACCAUUGCAUAGCCUCCUCGAAAACGUUCGGGUUAGCUUCCACGCGAUCCUCCCAAACGCUCGUCCUCACAGUUCCCGGCGCGACGGCAUUCGCCCUGAUACCAAACUUCGCAUACUCAACGGCAAUUGAACGGGUGAGAUGAAUAAGCCCCGCCUUGGCAGCGCUGUACCCGGGGUUCCCAAAGACCCCAAGGCCGUUGACGGAGGCUAUGUUGACGACACUGCCACCAGUGCGUUUGAGUGAGCCAGCGAACGCGUGAAAGAUGAGGAAUGAGGCAUCGAUGUUUAGGGCUGUUUCUCGCUUCCAUAUCUCCGGGGUUGUUUGUUGCAGCGAGGCGGAAAAGGUCGCGCCGGCGUUGUUGACGAUAGUGUGUACUUCGCCAUCCAUACUGAGGACUUUGCGGGCUAGCUCGGUCACCUGGGUAGGCUCCGUGAUAUCACAGAUUAUAGAGGUGAACCGCUCACUCCCCUCGGCUUGUUCACCCUGUGUUUCGACGCUUCUAUUUAGCAUGGUGGUGACUUUGUUUGCUUUUGCUUCGUUUAUAUCUACCAGAACCACGCGAUCGUGUGAUUCCGCAAGCUUAGCGGCAAUGGCCCGGCCGAUAUCGCCCGCUCCGCCUGUUAUGACCGCGAUUGAGAGCAUCAUGGGAACCCGUAUUCUUCUAUAACUUAGCUAGAUGAGGCCAGGAGUCGGUAUACUUCAAUAAAAAAAGAAGUUGAGCCAGAGGCUGAUUCUACAUUCUCAGCAAAGGCAAGAAGAUUUUUGCACGUUUGAUCAAGUAGCUGAAUCUGGGUAGCGUUGUAGAGUGACGUCCUUGAAUGAAAGAGGGGAACACAGUUUGCUUACUAAGGAAGCAGGUGAGUGGGGGAAAAUUGGGCUAGCUAGGGCGAACAUCCGGUUCUAACAAGAGAAUCGCUAUUAGGAAACAUAUAAACUUUUUUCGAGAACGUAUUUGAGUCCAGGAGGGAGUUGAUUUCUAGGUCACAUCAAGCAAGGCAUUUCGGAGAUAGGAAAGUGUUAAGAGGAACCAAAAGUUGCCGUUUGUAAAACGGAAAAUCAAGGAACUGUGGUGGGUAUCUUAUACAUAAACAGUAAGGAUUGAAAUAAUAUUCAACGUCAACCAAUUCAAUAUGAAUAAUGCGCUGUAGAUAGAAAAGAGAAUGAUGGGUAUAUUUCGCCUAGCUUUCUAUUGAUAUGCCGCGCUCUAGUUCUGCUUCUAGUGCUUGGGCCAGCUCAUCGUUAUUAUCAUUACAGUCAAGUUGCAGUCGGUCGGUCGUCGCUUCAGAA